AUGGAGAAUGGAAACAAUGUGACUGAAUUCAUUCUCCUGGGCCUCACACAGAAUCCAGAGAUGCAGAAAAUUAUAUUUGUGGUGUUCUUACUAAUUUACUUGGUAACUUUGGUGGGUAACUUGCUUAUUAUUGUUACUGUCACAACCAGCCAAGCUCUGAACUCUCCCAUGUACUUCUUUCUGUCUUUCCUGUCCAUAAUAGAUGGUCUUUGUUCUUCUUCCAUGGCCCCCAAACUGAUAGUUGACUCAUUAUAUGAAAAGAAAAUCAUAUCUUUUAAUGGAUGUAUGACUCAACUCUUUGCAGAACAUUUCUUUGGUGGUGCUGAGAUCAUCUUGCUAACAGUCAUGGCCUAUGACCGUUAUGUAGCCAUCUGCAAGCCUCUGCACUAUACUACAAUCAUGAGCCAGAGGCUCUGUGGUCUCCUUGUGGGGGUAGCAUGGGCUGGAGGCUUUCUCCAUGCAAUAAUACAGCUUCUCUUCACAGUCUGGUUGCCAUUCUGUGGGCCCAAUGUCAUAGAUCACUUCAUGUGUGAUUUGAACCCUUUACUCAAACUUGUCUGCAUGGACACCCAUAAUCUUGGCCUCUUUGUUGCAGCAAAUAGUGGCCUCAUCUGUCUUUUAAACUUUCUCCUAUUGAUGGCUUCCUAUGCUGUCAUCUUUAAUUCUUUGAAAACUCACAGUCGGGAAAGCAGACGCAAAGCCCUCUCGACUUGUGUGUCUCACAUCACUGUUGUUAUCCUAUUUUUUGUGCCUUGUAUAUUUGUGUACUUGAGGCCUGUGGUAAUUCUACCCAUAGAUAAAGCUGUGACAGUAUUUUAUACUCUGGUAGCCCCCAUGUUACAUCCCCUGAUCUAUACACUGAGAAAUGCAGAGGUGAAAAAUGCCAUGAGGAAACUCUGGGAAAAAAGUAUGUCUUCAAAUGAGAAAUGA